CAAAAAUGGCGUCGACAAGGUCCGUAUUGAACGGCAAAGAAAUUUUGUUUUACAUACCUAGUUAAUGUUAGCUUAAAUAAAUAGCAUAUUUUAUUAUUUUAUAUCCGUUUUCAUACAUACAGAAGUAUGAUCAUUCUAACUGGAGUGUUGAAACAAUUCCAUAGGACAUCGCAACUAUGGCCGAUCAUUUGUUUUAGAUAUGCGUCGGACAAUUCACCUUUACGAAAUGAAAUUAAAGGAGAUUUUAGCUGGUUGUGUGGUUCAUCUGUUGACGUUUUAGAAACAGUGCGCGGACACGUUGAAAUUAAGGAAAACUUUAUUACCGACGAAGAGGAACAUGCUCUUUUCAAAGAAGUAGAGCUCGGACUAAAGAAAAAGAAAUAUGAAUUCAACCAUUGGGAUGACGCCAUUCAUGGUUACAGGGAGACAGAACGGCUGCAGUGGGGCAGCGUGUGUGCGGGAGUACUGGCUCGGGUUAGAGCCAUUGCUUUUCAAGCAGGCAGUCCCUUACUUGGGCCUGUCCAUGUCUUGGACCUUGACAAGACGGGCUACAUCAAACCCCAUGUUGACAGUGUGAAGUUCUGUGGUAGCACUAUCGCUGGACUCAGCCUUUUAUCUGAUAGUGUCAUGCGACUGGUCCGGGAAGAGAGAACAGCAGAUUGGGUGGAUUUGUUUUUAAGUCGUCGCUCUCUAUAUAUACUAAGGGACGAUGUACGGUUUAAAUUCACCCACGAGAUCUUGAAGGAUGAGGACUCGUUUUUCUCUGGACACAGAGUGCCACGCCACCGCCGUAUCUCCGUCAUAUGCCGGAAUCUUCCCAUUUAAAUGAGGAGGAGGAGGUUCCGCAGCUGCAGCUCCACUUGGGAUGCCACUCUGUGUAUACCAGUGAAGUGCACUGACUGCAGUGGAAAAAAACCUAGUCUCCCCCCACCGCCCCAUGUGUGAUGACCUAAUAUGACCGCUGAUUUUUCUAAUCUCACACUACACUUUGAAAUUCCAAGUCAUUCAAGGGAGAAUGUUCGUAUACCUCAAGUGUAUGCUUACAUUUGACACAUUGUAGAGAUCACAGAUGACUUACUCAUAAAUAAUGAACAUUUUAUUACCAGUUGUGAACAAGUGAAAACUGUGACAAUUUGAACCAAAAUACAAUACAAAUACUUCUGCUUUAAUCCCA